UGGCAGGUUGGGCAAUACUGCAUCCACACCGGUGCUGGUGAUAGGCACAGUGCAAACAACCAGACACCUAUUUACAUGUAGCGGUCUGUCUGGUUCCAGCACUUAAUCUUCCAGGCUCCACCAGCAGUAGGUAGCCAGCCCCUGAUCUCCUGCAGCAAAAAUGCCGUUUAGCUCCUGCCCAUUCUGGAGAAUGCUGUUUUUUGUAAGUUUAGCAGGGUUUCUUUCAGAUUUGUCUGAAACUGGAGCUUUUGCCAGUCAGAGUGACUGCGACAGUGCAACCAUAGAUAACGUGACUCAAAGCCUUCAGAAAUAUUCAACAUGCCUUCCUGAAAUGGCCAAAAAAGAUGGACGAGAUUCACUCAAUCGCUUUAUCUGGAUACUGAAAGACAGUCUUACUCUUCUGCAACCUUUGCAAGGCAAAUUUUGCAAGCAUCUGCCUCAGUGCCCGCAGCCUAUCGCCCCUAAGAAUGGUGGGAUAGUGUGCAUCACUAUUGGAAGCACUGAGUACUGCAAACCCAUGUGCAACAAGGGUUACGAUUUCUCAUUCCUCAGAAGAAGCAGGCUGUAUGAAAGCUGUGGUAGUAGCACUGGGUUCACCUGGACGACUCAGCUGACUGGAGGGCAGACACUGGCUGUCUGUGAAUCCUCAGAGAAAGCAGUGAGUGGAGCUGAAUCUGCCUAUUUCCCCGACAACAGCAGCUGUCUGCACACAUUAGCCUACAGUGAGAACGAGCAGCUGGACACCUUCCUCAAAGAGCUUGCUAAGCAAGGCAUAGACACCUUCAACCACGACAAGGAGGCAGACUGUCUAAUAUGUGGUUAUUAGCAGGAGGGACUAGCAGGCAUGGCAUGCUUGUACCACAGACCAAGUGGCUGGCUGUGGUUGGAUGUGAGUAUUUCAACAAGAAAAGCAGAGCAGUAAAAUCCCUCCUAAGAGCUAUGAACAUACAGCUUGUAUUUAGUUAAAAGAUUUGAGAUCACAGUCACCACUUGACCUCAGCUCUUGGGUACAGAUGCAUACACUAAAUCUAGUUGCAUAGCUCACAGCAGGGGCAUUUCAAAGAAUGCAGAUUAUAUUUUUAUGCCUUAAAUUUGUCUUACCGUAAUUAUAAGGGAAUUACAGCCUCUUAAUUGAUGCAUUCAUUAGUUAAGCGCAGUAAUUGUUCUCAGAAAUCAUCUUCUGUAAAGAUGGAUCAUUUUUAUGGAGGAAGAGUUGUGCUUCUAGUUGCUUUCACAGUUGUCAGUUAAUCACUGUUGUUGCUUUGGUGACCAUUAAAAUUAUGCAAGUCACAGCA